AGAAGACAAUGACGUCCUCCGUGAUCUCGCCUGAGACUCUUUGAGUUGAGCUGAUUGGAUGGUGACGUCACAGGAGGCUGCUGCUAGCUAAACGAGUGACAACACUCCAGAGCUGAAAGUGAGGCAGCGAUGAACCGACCGGGUUUUGGUGGGGCUUCAACAUCCACAAGCUUCUCCUCGAGGAUAACAGAAAAUGGAUGCUCAGACUCAGACCUAACAGAGGAGGAUUUAUGCAAUCUACGGAUUGAACUUGCAAAGGUUGAUGAUGAAAUUCAGACAUUGAGGCAGGUGCUUUUGGUCAGAGAAAAAUAUGCAGCAGACAUCCGGAGGCAGCUGGGUAUGAGCUCUCUCAGUAACAUCAAAGAGAACCUGUCCAGGGGCUGGCAGGACGUCCAGACCUCAGCCCCAUACCUCUCAGCCUCUGCGACUUUGGAGGACAUCAGCCACUCCAACAUAUAUACGAGGACCCGGGACAGUCUCAGUCAUGCAGGCCAGGUGACAUCAUCUGCACUGUCCAAUAUCGGCGUGAACAUCACCAGGAGACUGGCAGAGAUGAGAGCUCUGCCUCUUCCGAGCCCACCACGCACCCUGAGCCACACCAUGAGUGUUCCAUCUAUGAGACAUUCUUCUACAUUCAAGUCUUUUGAGGAAAUGGUCGGAAAUGUGAAGGACAAAGUGGGUGGUGGUCUCACAAAUAACGGAGACACCUCUGGAUUUGAAAGAAGAUCCUCACGCACAUGAGAUGGACCCUUAUUACAUAUCACUAAUAAUGAUGUUUUUUUCAUAAAAAUAGAAAUUUUCUUCUUUUGCUCCUUUUACUAUGUUAUUUGUCUUAUUUUCUCCAUGAUUAUUUAUUGUAUUAAUACAAUAUGACAAAUAGAAUGUAUGAUGAUUGCAAUGGGAAAUCAUCAUGUGCAAGUUAUUUACUUUGACAUGCAGUGUCCAGUAAACCCAUCCCAUACCUGUAAUAGGCAUUUAUUGACGUUAAUUACUUAGUUACUAAAUAAAAUAUUACAAACAAGAAGUAUUUUUG